GUCAAACCACUGAAGUCUUUAAAGGUCUAUGAGUCAAACAAAAUCCAUAACGGGAAUCUCCCUAUAAUUCGGGAAACCUUUUCAGCUGUUUAUCAACGGAUAGGGUUUUUGCUACACCUUCUAGAACUUCAGAGGAGUCUGAACCUCGAUCAGGAUGCCUGAAUUAGUGGAGCAGAUGUACUGCUCGGAGCAGAUUGUGAUUCCACCAAAAUUUCCUUACAUCCUGAAAAGAUACUGCAAAGCGGCUAUAAAAACUCAACCCUACGACCUGCUUCGUUGGUCCUACGAGUACUUUAAUGCUCUGGCUCAGCACCGCCCUCCUCCGGUCAAACUGAGGCUUGAGUAUCCCGUGUUCACAACCGAGGGAGGCCUCACACGAGGAUGCUUGAAGGUCCUCUCUAAUCAGUUGUCAACAAUGAACGAACUGUCUCUCAAUGUUGUGGAAACCGCAUGGCAGGGGUUCUGCCUUGAUCCUCAGGAGUUGGCCAGGAUCUUGUGUCUAUGCGAAGUUCAUAAGAGAAAGGAAAGCGUGCCCUAUCUCCAUUUCAUGGCUGUAGCUGGUGGUCUACUUACUAAGAGCCUUACAAACACAAUGGUACUGCUAUGUGAAGCCCUAACGAAGGAACCGGACGGUGCUUCCGCUGCGAUACCGGUUAAAGACUUCAUAUUGAUGUACAAGUUCUUGGCGGCAAUAGAUGCUUCACGCGACGUGAAAUAUUACAACGGAUACAGAGAAGGUCAUGUCCCUGAAUCCGACAUCGAGCCAGAAGAAGAAACACAGAACUUUGAAGAAGAAGAAGAAGAAGACGGUGUCUCAGACGAUUACUGGCCAGAUGAAAAGAACUUACAAAUGUUGCCAUUGAUCAAUGAUAAAGUGUCGCGCACGACGCGAUUGAGCCUGAAGCUAAAUAUGCCGAUAAUUGGGAAAAUCGAACGGUCGCCUUCCGUCGAACGAGCUGAAACGAUUGAGAGGGAAAAUUAUAUGAGAGAGAGAAAAGGUAGACCUGUACCGAAUGAAGAUAUAGAAAAGAAACUGCGCGAAAUGAGCUCUGCGAAGCUUAAUCAAGAUGCGCAGAAGGAAGAUACACAGAAACAGAAGGACACGAUACCAGAAUCAAACGAAUUAAAAGUCAUUGUUAUUGAUGAAGAAGGAAACGAGAUACCAUUCGAGAUAUAUGGGGAGCCAAAUGUAGAACCAAUUGAUUCUGAUGAAGAUAUUGCUGAAGAAAUUCUCGAUGAGCAACCGACAGAGGAAGAACCUAAAGAGAGCGAAAACGAUAAAAUCGCAUUAUUCGUUGCUGAAAGUUAUCAGGCUCGCGAAGAGCGCUUACAAGAUUUGGAAAGAACCUUUGACGAGAUCAAAGCGAUCGUGGCAAGAUUUAAAGCUGCAAAUUAUGAUCUGGGAAUGGUGGCCGGACGCCAAAUGUCGACUACAAGUGGGGAGUUCAUCGUGCAACACGUGGAGAAGGAGAUCAUGGAGUACAUAGAUGAGCAGAUCGCCGUUCUCCCUGAUCCGGACCUCAAGAAAAAGAAGGCUAAACCAGAGGAAGUCGAAAUGCUGCGUGGUCUACUCGAUGCUUUUAUUGAUGAGACCAUGGAGAUCCUGGCUCCCGAAGUCGAAGAAGCGGAGGAAGAGGAACAGCCUGUGCCCGAAGUAAUAGUUGUGUAUGCUGUCCCCGGAAUCGGCGGGCCAGUCGACGAAGCGACCAUCAAUGACUUUAUCGAUUACGCCCUGGACGUUUCCAAAGUCCAGAAUGACCUGUUCAUGCCGAGGAACGUGAGGCAUUUCUUGUGCCCGCCUUUGGAGAAAUUCAAGGACAUGAAGUAUGAUACGAAAUCGGAGAAAGAAGAAAUACCGACUGGUGGAGUUUUCACGGAUUAGAUUUUUAUUGAAUAGAUUUAAAUCAUAAUCAUGUUAUUUGUUUUUUGGUUAGUUGCAUUUAAUGUUUC